CAAAUAUCCUCCUCGAGCCAAUACCUGAGGGAAACCUGAAUUUCGGACAGCAGCUCUUCUACCAGCCAGACAAAUGUCCAGUCCACUAGAGCGGGUUGUAGCUCAGAAGAAGGAGGCCAUUGAAGCCGUGAUGGAGAUGUUUGAGAGAGGAGCCGAGGUGCUGGCCAGCGCUGUUGGGGAGCUGUGUCCUCUUUUUGAAGCUUCUGCUCCAGUUUUGAGGCUGGUCUUGGACAAUGUGGAAAGCAAGGAGAUCACAUAUGUCAAAGAUCAGUUUCUAGUUGUGAGGAGCAAAUUAGAUGUCCUCUCAUGUCAGUUACAGGACAUUGACUCUGAGAUCAGAAGGAGACGUUUGGAUUCACAGUUCUUCUCUGUGGAGGAAAAUUUGCGGAACCAGUUUAGAAAAUACAUAGACAUUCUGGAGGCUAAGCCUGAGUAUAAGGAAGUCAAAAAACGCUUGUUCUUAGAGCAUUUUUUCAUAACAGGUGGAGAGAAAAACCUCUGUGUGCUUUACGAUGCUGUGAUGGGGAACAGCACAUUUGGGGAACCGAUCCUGGAUGUUGUGGAACAAUACGAGGCCAGAAACAGAAGGGUGCUGGAAGACUUCUGCGUCAGACUGAAGGAGCUGCUCUGCUUGGGAAUCAUCGCUCUGCUGGGAUAUUGUUUCCUCACUCAGGGUGAGGAAUCAGAGCAGGAGAAGAUUCGAGAGUGGAGCACAAAGAUCCAAGAAAUUGAGACGAAAAUGAAGGAAACGAUAGAAAGAUGUGUGGAUUUGUUUCCAGAGCAAGCUGAACUGGACAUCAAGAGGCUUGUGAAGGAGAAAGAAAACGGGAACCUUCAGGAAACGGCCAAGGAACUGCUGGACUUCCUGGUGAAGAAGUACGACUGGGUGAGCUGGUCCAUCAGAGCCAUUAGGAACUUGGGCAAAAUUAGCAACUUGAGAGCCGGACAAAACUUUCAGUGUGUGGCCGGACAGAAUUAUUUUGAAGUAUCUCAAGGAAAUGACACCAACCUGGUGGUCUCGUUCAGCAGCGACCCUCAGCCUGUGCCCAACGAGAGUGUAAAGCAGGUGAUGGAAGGCCCUGCGAGGAAGGGAGACGCCAAAGCUGUUGUGGAGCUUCUGGAGAAGCAGUUAGCUGGGUUUCUGGUUCACGCCGUCAGUCGUCACAAGGACAGCUUUGCUCUGUCGAGCUUUCCUGAAGAGUGUCACUACUGGGAGAAACAUAAGAACGUGAAUCUCUGUGUGCAUUCAGAGUAGAUUUAGACAUAAACAUAUAAUUACUAUUAUUAUAUUGCUAACAUUUUGCAACGGCAGAACUUUUACUUUAUUCAUGCCUCGAAAAACUCAUUGUUCACUCAAAGUCAUUGUUAUAUGUUCAUUGUAAGGUUGCUAUCACCUGU